AUGGCAUCAGACAAGGAUUACAUGGCCUUCCUAGACAAGGCGAACAAUGACUCCAUCCAGGCUCAGCCCAAGACUUCGUCAUCCUCUAGGGGACAGUUCAAGACGGUUGACGCGGGAACUCAGGUCCCCGCCGAGAUCCAAAGUGUAUGCAGGGACACAUUCUACGUGAGCGACGCGGACGAGCCCUUCGAGGGCGUUUCUCUGCGCUGGAAGGGUGACGACGGACUUCCCGAUGAGGUCGAAUUUGCUGAACUCAUCGGCCACGCGAAGCCUGACAGUGCCGACGUGACUAUCCUGGACCCGUUGGACUGGGAUUCCAAGGGCCAGUAUAUCAAGAUCCUUGAGGCAGUGCGUCAGGCCAGCCAGGGGAACGAUGUUAGGGUUUAUCGUGUGGCCAAGGACGGGAGCAGGGUCGAGUACUGGCUCAUUACGAGGGAAGAGGGCAGGAUUGUUGGAGCCAAGGCUCUGAGUGUGGAGAGCUAG